UGUCCCUCUCUCUCUCUCUGUCCGUCUGUCUCUCUGUGUCUCUGUCCCCAUGUCAGUGGACGGGUUCUGGUCCGGUUGGUCCAGUUGGAGCGAUUGCUCCUCUUCCUGUAUCCCAGCAGGCCGAGCUCCCACCAGGUCUCGCCAUCGCUCCUGCUCUAACCCCGCCCCCUCGACCAGCCCACCCGGCAGAGGUUGCCAUGGUGACGCCAGAGCGACAGAGAUCUGCAGCCACCUUCCUCACUGCCCAGUGAAUGGAGGGUGGGGUUCUUGGUCUCCCUUCUCUUCCUGUCCAGUUACCUGUGGGGUGGGACUUCAGGUGUCCCUCAGAAGGUGUGACAGCCCCGCCCCCAAACAUGGCGGGCAGUCGUGUCCUGGAGAGGGCCGUCGGACCAGCGUCUGUAGGACAAAUGUCCACUGUCCAGUGGACGGGACCUGGUCUGAGUGGUCGCCGUGGAAGCCAUGUAAAUUCCCGUUUGGUGCGAGAGAAAUCCGCUGCCUGAACCGCGGCGGGAGCCAGACCCGAGAACGCCAGUGUCUCCACCGGGCACACAACGGGUCCAUCUGCAACGGGGACGCCCUGACCGAGAGACGGGUCUGCUACGAUGUCAGCAGGUGUCACCUGAAGGGCAGCUGGGAGGGCUGGGAGCCGUGGAGUCUGUGCACGCCGGCCUGUGGCGGAAACUCCAGACGCUUCAGGAAGAGACGCUGCACACCUGAUUACAGCGGCUACAGGUGAGUUAAUGCUGACCCG